AUGGCCCUCGACGCGGCGCUCCAGUCGGACGCCCUCGACACGUUCGCCGCGGCCCUCGACCGCGCAAUCGGUCGCGACCGGUCCCCGCGCGCCGUCGUCCUCGCCGUCGACGCCUCGCAACUCGCCCUCUUUGAGCUGCUGGCGCUCGGCGCAGGCGGCAGCGCCUUUUACGACCGCUGCGGCGUCGCGCGCCUCGUGCGCCUGCAGCUCCAGGGGAGCGACGCCGCGCAGGUGCUCCAGCAGCAACUGGCAGCGGAUAACGGGCCGCCUCACGCCACCGCGAAGACGCUCGUAGUCGUUGCGCCUCCGCUGCCGACCGUCGCGAAGCGCCUCGCGGACGCUCUUCGGCCGCUGUGCAGUGCGGCGGAGCGGCGCUGUGCGGUGCUGUGGCUCCCGGCCGCGACGUCGGACGUGACGCGGGAGAUGGAGCGACAGGGCGCGGCCGACGUGGUCGCCCAAGCGGACCUACCGCUCGGACUGAUUCCCGUGGACCGCAGCGUUGCGGCGCUGUGCCACGACAGCGUCUUUGGCGAACUGUACGUGAGAGGCGACAGUCGGUCGCUCGCGCACGUCGUGCGGAGUCUGUUGGCCGUGGAGCGGCACACGGGACGUCGGCUCGAAGACGUCACGUGUCACGGCGUCUUUGCGCAACGGGUCAAGACGAUGUUGGCACUGGCCCAUCGACAGGAAGAGCAGCAGCAGCAGCAGCAGAGGAGAGGAGGAGGAGGAGGGGUCGACGCUUCGGUCCACGCGGCGGGGGCGGGGAAGGGCUUUGUGCUGGAGAAGGCGGUGAUCAUUGACCGCAUGGAGGACCCGCUGUCGAUGCUGCUGACGCCCAUGACGUACGAAGGACUGCUGGAUGCACUGGUGGGCGUGAACCACGGCGUUAUCGUGUACGAGAAGGCCAGCGACGAGGCGGACGAGAAGACGGCCGAGGAGAACAGGGCUGAAGGAGCACGGGCGUGCAGCCAGACGGAGGCGCACGAGGGCAGUCGAACGACCUCGACGCAGAAAGUGGUGCUCAACCACUUGGACGCGCUCUUUGACGAAAUCCGCGACGUGAACUUCAACUUGGUGCCCAACCAGUUGGUGAACGUGGCAAAGGAGUUGGCCACGGAAGUGCGUGGCAGCAGCGUGGGCGCUAGUGCGAGUGCGGGGAAGGACAGCCAAGCGGAGUUUCAGAAAGUAAAGGACCUGUUGGCCAAAGCCCCUCACUUGAUCAAGAAGAAACGCUCGCUGACGCACCAUCUGCAGUUUGUCCAGCGUAUUCGAGACCUGAGCACGCAACUGGCGCUGCGAGGUUGUGUCGAGACGGAGAUGGCGAUCAUGAGUGCUGGCCCGAGUGCAUCGUCGGCUACUGCCAAGGGCAUUGAUGGCUUUCUCGAGGAAGCGAUUCUGCGCGAACCGCCUCUGAACCUGUACGAUGUGGUCAAAUUGCUCUGCUUGUGCUCUCUCGUUCGGGGAGGACUCAAGCCGAGUUUGCUGCAUUGGUACCGCCAGCAGCUCUGUCACACUUAUGGCCACCAGAUUCUGCCGCUGCUCGUGCAGCUGGAAAAGAUGGAUUUGCUUUCCGUCGAGAAUCGCUUCGACUUCCCGAAGAAGCGAAAGCAGCUUUUGCUCAUGCGUGGCGUGCUGGACGAUGAGGAAACGAGGUCUCCCGAGGACAUUAACUUUAUGUUUCCGUACACGGGCUACGCGCCAAUGAGCAUUCGGUUGCUGCAAGAAUCACUGGGCAUGAAGUACAAGACUUCUGCGAAGGACCUGACGACGCCAAGGAUGAGUUUGAGUCGAGAGUACGAAAGCCUCUCGAGCAGCGUCUCGAGGCUGUCGGGCAUGACUUCGAGUGUCGACAGAAGCAGCAGCAACGGCGGAAGACGCAUCAAUGUGCUGGUAUACUACGUGGGUGGCGUCACAGUUGCAGAGCUCACAGCUUUUCGCUUCCUGAACCAGAAGCAAAGCGAGUUUUACUUCUUCGUUGCUGCGACCUCGAUCUGUAACGGCAGUCGCCUUCUGCGCGCCAUCUACUGA